UCGCCUGCAACCCGAAUUGUCCGUGUUCAACUCAGCUCAGUUUACGCACGGUGACUGACCACAGCACGCCAGCGGGCACGUUACGUAAGUGUGCAGCGUCAACAGGCAUUUAAACACCGAGGCUGCGAAGCCCAAAGCCGGAAAACUUUUUCUCUGUUCCUGACGCCACGGAGACCGGCGUGUCUUCAUCCACACUCUGCAUAGUUUCGGCCACCCAGGCAUGUCUUCUUAUAACAACACCGCGCGCUUUAGCGAGGCGAGGAGAGUGGCGAUUUUCGGAGGGACGCACGGAAACGAGAUGUCAGGCGUGACGCUUGUAAACCUGUGGAUGAAGAACAGCGCCGAAAUAAAGAGGAAGGGAGUCGAGGCCGUUCCUUUUAUCACCAAUCCCAAGGCUGUGGAGAAGUGCACGAGAUAUGUAGACACGGAUCUGAACCGAGCCUUCACCCCAGAAAACCUAAGUGCCCCAGGAGGAGAUGACCUGCCCUAUGAGGUGCAGAGAGCUCAGGAGAUCAACAGGAUAUUUGGUCCUAAAGGAAGCCCAGAGGCCUACGAUGUCAUCUUUGACCUUCACAACACGACAUCUAACAUGGGCUGCACUCUGAUUCUGGAAAGCUCCAAAGACCACUUUAAUCUGCAGAUGAUGAACUACAUAAAGAAAGCCAUCGCUCCAGCUGGUUGUCUUGUUCUGCUGAAUGAACAUCCUCUUCUGAAGUAUUCCACUUCACGCUCUGUAGCCAAGCACCCUGUUGGUCUUGAAGUGGGUCCUCAGCCUCAAGGUGUUUUAAGAAGUAACAUCUUUGAAGCUAUGCGUGUGAUCCUGAAACACGCUCUGGACUUCACUGAGCUGUUUAAUGAAGGUGUGGAGUUCCCUCCUUGUACAGUUGAAGUUUUCCGGGUCCUAGAGAGGAUCGACUACCCCAGAGAUGCCAAUGGGAACAUCAUAGCCAUGGUGCACCCCAACCUGCAGGACUGCGACUGGGAGCCGCUGAACCCUGGUGACCCAAUGUUCCAGACAUUUGAUGGAAAAACUAUCCACUACCAAGGCUCCGGGACGGUCUAUCCCACUUUUAUUAACGAGGCAGCCUAUUAUGAGAAACAACAGGCAUUUAUAACCACCAGGCGAGAAACCUUGGUAGCAAGUGCCAUCAUAAAAGCAUGAAAAGCUGUUCCUUAAGGCUAACAACAAUCAUGAAUAUGCAUCAGAUUUUGCGCUUUGCUCUGUUAGCAAACAACAGAAAUCCUGCAGACUAGAUUUCAUCUUUUACAAACUGAUUUAGGUUUUUAUGUUUUCACUAUCAGAAAAUCACUUAACUAUGCAAAGAACAUUUGUGGAGGCACUGUGAAAGACUUCGAUCUGAAGGCUGGUAUAUUAUUGUGAGAAGUAUUUAUGAUACUGGAUAUAUUUACAUUAAAUCGACUAAAUUUUUAUUGAUAUUAAAGACUAGGCCUAAUCAUUGAUGGCUUCUGAAUCACUCCUUUUAAGUUUCCUACUACUGCUCAGGAAGGGUCUAGAGGAUCGUCACCUGCAACUUUUGACUCAAACUGUAGAUGUUUGUCUUUUUCUGAAAAUAUAUUUAUAUCGUGUGUGUGUGUGUGUGUGUGUGUGUGUGUGUAGGGCUAUGGAGGUUGUUUUGUGGCCUUUGAUACUACCUACCUGUAACUCCACUGGCUGCAUCUGUGGUGCUGUCCUUUUGUUGCCUUAACAGAGAUUUCAGAAACAGUUGCACAACAAUCUGGAGUAAAAUUUGUAGAUUUUACGUCAUGUAACAGUAUAUUAUUUUUGUGGAGAAAAAAAAUUACAGUAUAAGCUCUACACAAACCAGAUGUAGUGUGAAAUGUGUUUUAUAAUAUAUUUGUCUAUUUUGAUAUACUUUUAUUGUGUGCUUUGGUUUAAAGGGAUGUAUUGAACUUGUCGAAUCAUGGAAAGCAUAUUUACUUCUUAAUGUUUUCAUCUUUAUGUUGUCCCAAAGUGUCUCGCUGUGGUCUUAGAGUAAAUACUUUUUAAUGUUCAGCAAUAUAUGUUAAAAUCAUUUCUAUGAUUAGUGAAAUUCACUGUACUAGAAAUCCUGCGGAAAUGAUCCUAUCAAUAAAUGUUGUACUAUGGUGUA